GCCUGGUGCAUUCCAACUUCAAAACGCAGUUGGCUUCUGCAAGCCAACUGCAGUCAUCACUCGACUAUUCUCUUGUAAUAGGUCGUGGGCUCUUCAGGCCGAGGCAGCAAGCUCCGAUCUCCGAUACAUUGCCGACUGUUUCCAUGGUGGCGCGCCGCAAGCCAGCUUCAGUCAAGCAAGGAGGUCACCGGCUAUCCCAGGAGCAGCUUACCGGUGGAGCCUUUCAUGGUAUACUGGAUUCCAAUGGCAGCUUUUUGCAAUACUGGCCUGACUUUGCCGGGAGCAAGGCGGAUUCCUGGCUGCGUCGCCUGCAAAGCUUGCCCUGGGGCCAGGGUAAAGUGAAGGUGUUCGGGAAGGACUAUGAUGAGCCAAGGCUUACUUGCUACUUCGGCGAAAAGGCGUACAAGUACUCUAACCGAAUCAUUGAGCCGUUGCCUUGGUCGCGCUCUCCGGUUCUCCAGGAGAUCAAGGCACUUGUGGAGAACAUGACGGGCGAGAGCUUCAACUCUGUUCUUUGCAAUAGAUACAGGAAUGGGGAAGAUGCGAUGGGCUGGCACUCAGACAAUGAACAGGUCUAUGGCCCAAAGCCGACCAUUGCUUCGGUGACUUUAGGUGCAGAGAGAGAUUUCGAUUUGCGGGAAGGCAAAGGCGGCGGCGCCAGGCUCCGCGUCCGCUUGGCGCAUGGCAGCCUCUUGGUCAUGUCCGGUGCAACACAAGAGUGUUGGCAGCAUUCCUUGCCUCGCAGGAAAGCUUUGAAGGAUGAGCGCAUCAACUUGACGUUUCGUCGCAUCAUGCAGUGAGAAACGGCUUGCCGCUGCAUGCCACAACAUGCAACGG